AUGACUCCAGUCGUCCUCUUCGUCCUCCUCCUCUUGCUGACAGCUGUUCCUCCGGGUGCAACUGAAGAAGGAGAUGAUGGAGACUCAUCUCAGGACGCCUCUGAAGUCAUUGCAAGAGCAAAUGCUGGCAUACGAACGAGGCUGAUUUAUGACGACAUUGUCCCAAACAGGAGAAGGAACGCUGUCCCCUGCACUGCUACAGGCUGUAAAUGGCCUAAAAAUGGACGCUUUGUGACAGUGCCUUACACCAUCUCCGACGAAUACUCCGUAGACCAACGCAACUUCAUCAACAGGAUCCUGCAGGACUUCAACAAUUACACUUGUAUUCGCUUUCAGUUGAGGAGCUCGGGGGAACAAAAUUACCUACACUUCUUCUCUGGAAAUGGGUGCUGGUCAUACCUGGGCCGUCGCGGAGGAAAACAGCUUGUCUCACUGAAGAGAAGCGGCUGUCUGUACACGAGCACGGUGCAGCACGAGGUUCUCCACGCUCUCGGUUUCCACCACGAGCAAGUCCGCUCCGACAGAGACAACUACGUCAAAAUCCUAACCGAGAACAUCCAGUCAGGACAGGAACACAACUUCAAGAAGGUGCAGACCAACAACCUGGGAACUCCCUAUGACUUCCAGUCCGUCAUGCAUUACAACAAGUACACCUUCUCUAAAAAUCGGAAACCCACCAUCGUUGCCAAGAGCAACCCGAACCUUGACUUCGGGCGAGCCACGACGAUGGGUGCCAAUGACAUCGCCCGUGUCAACAGGCUGUACAACUGCUGA